AUGGUUCGAAAUAUCGUAAUCCUUGGGGGCAAUUCCCAUCCACAGCUUGUUCAAGAUAUAUCUCGAAGCCUAGGCGUGCCACCCUGUCAACGACUCCUGUCCAAAUUUUCUGUCGGGGAAAGUCGUUUGGAAAUACAAGACUCUGUUCGGGGAAAGGAUGUUUAUAUUAUUCAAUCUGGAAGUGGGAAAGUCAAUGAUCAUUUCGUUGACCUAUGCAUAAUGAUAUCAGCUUGCAAGACAGGUUCCGCUCGACGAGUCACAGUUGUUUUGCCUCUAUUUCCCUACUCUCGACAACCUGAUCUUCCAUACAAUAAAAUUGGAGCACCACUAUCUCGAGUACCUACUGAUAUCAACCGGGCUGGUGCAGACCAUAUUAUUACUAUGGAUCUACAUGAUCCCCAAUAUCAGGGAUUUUUUGAUACUCCCGUUGAUAAUUUGUACGGGAAGUCUCUUUUGAAAAAAUACGUACAACAAAAAAUCCCGGAAUAUCAUGGUGCUGUCAUUGUCAGUCCCGAUGCGGGAGGUGCGAAGAGGGCUACAUCUAUCGCUGACGAUCUAAAUAUGGAAUUUGCAUUAAUUCACAAGACACGUAUCACAGAGCGACAGAAUGCCACUAUGAUGCUAGUAGGAGAUGUUGCCAAUAAGAUAGCCGUACUGGUCGAUGACCUUGCGGACACUUCGAAUACCAUAACAAGGGCCGCAAAGUUACUGAAGAGAGAAGGAGCAACCAAGGUAUACGCUCUAUUAACUCAUGGGGUAUUUAGCGGUGAUGCGAUCUCUCGUAUCAACGCCUCUGCUUUAGACAAAGUAAUUGUAACGAAUAGCGUACCGCAAGAAGAACACAAGCGGCUAUGUCCCAAACUAGAGGUCUUGGAAGUUGGACCACUAUUUGCAGAAGCAAUUCGUCGUGUACAUCAUGGAGAAUCACUCAGCUCACUAUUUUGA